CGGCCCUCGGGCGGCCUCGGGCAGGCGGCGCCGCUGCCCAGCGGCCCGGAGCCGCGCUGGCCGGCGAGCCUCGCCGCUUAUCUGCGCUGUUUGGGCCCGGCGAAGCUUGGGAAAGGCAGGCUUCUCCGUCCCCGCCGAGUCAACAGGCGGACCCCGGGCCGCCGGACUAUUUCUGUCUUAUCAGUGCAGGAAUGCGGCAGCCGCGGCGGCUGGCGGGCGGCGGCGGCGGCGGCGGCGUGGGCCGUGGGCCGUCAGGGCAGCCCUGAAGGGGCCCCCUCCCCACUCUGCUCGAGUAGAAGUGUGAGAGAGCCCAGCAGGACUCAGAGGGGAGAGUUGGAGGAAAAAAAAAAAAAAAAAGGCAGAAAAGGGAAAGAAAGAGCAAGAGAGAGAGAGAGAGAGUGAGAGGCGCCGCUGAGCCCACCCCGAUGGCCGCGGACGAAGUUGCCGGAGGGGCGCGCAAAGCCACGAAAAGCAAACUUUUUGAGUUUCUGGUCCAUGGGGUGCGCCCCGGGAUGCCGUCUGGAGCCCGGAUGCCCCACCAGGGGGCGCCCAUGGGCCCCCCGGGCUCCCCGUACAUGGGCAGCCCCGCCGUGCGACCCGGCCUGGCCCCCGCGGGCAUGGAGCCCGCCCGCAAGCGAGCAGCGCCCCCGCCCGGCCAGAGCCAGGCCCAGAGCCAGGGCCAGCCGGUGCCCACCGCCCCCGCGCGGAGCCGCAGUGCCAAGAGGAGGAAGAUGGCUGACAAAAUCCUCCCUCAAAGGAUCCGGGAGCUGGUCCCGGAGUCCCAGGCUUACAUGGACCUCUUGGCGUUUGAGAGGAAACUGGAUCAGACCAUCAUGAGGAAGCGGGUGGACAUCCAGGAGGCUCUGAAGCGGCCCAUGAAGCAAAAGCGCAAGCUGCGUCUUUAUAUCUCCAAUACUUUUAACCCUGCGAAGCCCGAUGCCGAGGAUUCUGACGGCAGCAUCGCCUCCUGGGAGCUGCGGGUGGAGGGGAAGCUCCUGGAUGACGUACGUCCUGGCCCAGGUCUCUCCAGGUGUCCUGGGCCCAGCAAGCAGAAGCGAAAGUUCUCUUCCUUCUUCAAGAGCUUGGUCAUUGAGCUGGACAAAGACCUUUAUGGCCCUGACAACCACCUCGUGGAGUGGCACCGGACACCCACCACUCAGGAGACGGAUGGGUUCCAGGUGAAGAGGCCGGGGGACCUGAGUGUGCGUUGCACGCUGCUCCUCAUGCUGGACUACCAGCCUCCCCAGUUCAAACUGGAUCCCCGCCUGGCCCGGCUGCUGGGCUUGCACACGCAGAGCCGCUCGGCCAUCGUCCAGGCCCUGUGGCAAUACGUGAAGACCAACCGGCUGCAGGACUCCCACGACAAGGAGUACAUCAAUGGCGACAAGUAUUUCCAGCAGAUUUUUGACUGUCCCCGGCUGAAGUUUUCUGAGAUUCCCCAGCGCCUCACAGCCCUUCUGCUGCCCCCUGACCCGAUUGUCAUCAACCAUGUCAUCAGCGUGGACCCGUCGGACCAGAAGAAGACGGCGUGCUACGACAUUGACGUGGAGGUGGAGGAGCCCCUGAAGGGGCAGAUGAGCAGCUUCCUGCUGUCCACGGCCAACCAGCAGGAGAUCAGCGCUCUGGACAGUAAGAUCCACGAGACGAUUGAGUCCAUCAACCAGCUCAAGAUCCAGAGGGACUUCAUGCUGAGCUUCUCCAGAGACCCCAAGGGCUACAUCCAGGACCUCCUCCGCUCCCAGAGCCGGGACCUUAAGGUGAUGACAGACGUGGCGGGCAACCCCGAGGAGGAGCGCCGGGCUGAGUUCUACCACCAGCCUUGGUCCCAGGAGGCCGUCAGCCGCUACUUCUACUGCAAGAUCCAGCAGCGCAGGCAGGAGCUGGAGCAGUCGCUGGUCGUGCGCAACACCUAGGCGCGCGGGGGAAGCGUGCCGCAGAGGGCCACUCGGCUCUGCCCCGGCCCGUCCCCUCGGGCCUGGCUGUCACCCCCGACACCUUGUGGGCGAGGCAGGGGCUGGAUUAAAGGUCAUUUACCUGAUAA